AUGACUAAACUAUCUACACAUAUCCGUUGGCAAAUAGUUGAAAAAUCAUUGGCAGGUUUAUCAGAACGCCAAAUCGCUAGACAUUUAGGAAUUAGCAAAACUACUGUAUACUGCGUUUAUUACCUUUUUAAAAAAUACGGAUGUGUAAAAAACAUUUUAACUUUGCGUGAAAGACCAAGAAUUUUUGGAAAUGAUGAUAUGAAAUAUCUUGAAGUACUUCUCAAAAAAAGUAGAUUGGUACAUUUGGAAAUUGCAAUCUCAAAUGGAACUUUGGAGAGGAAAGAAAAUAAAUGUGUAGAAUUUAUUUUACGUACUGAUGAAUCAGCUGAUGAUAGGAGAACUUUAUCACACCAGUAUGGAUGGAAUAUUAGUAAACAUCAUGCAAGAAAAGCUACAUUUUUUGUUAGAGAACAGAUUUACAAUUGA